AUGGAGCCCUCCUUGGCCUCCCAAGCACCCACCCCCGACGUUGACGUUCUCAUCGCGCAGCUGCAGGCCAUCGUCGCCGACCCCAAGGGUUCUACCGUCGCAUUGGCUAUUGACGACACCAAGCGACAGCAACUCAGGCAAUUGACGCGCGCUGCCUCUUUCGCUCUAGAGGAGCCCUUCGAGACGGUCCAGCGUCUUGUAUAUUCUCCUCUUCCGUUGAUCACUACGCGCAUCGCGCAGGAGCACAAGCUCUUUGCUACGCUCGCAGGCGCCAGUGGCAACCCCGUGACAUUUGAUGCGCUGAGAGAGGCAACCGGCCUGCAGGCCGCUGUGCUUGAGUCGGUCGUGGACUAUCUCGGUACGCAGGGCAUGCUCAGCGAGCCAGAACGUGGGCAGUAUGCGCCGACGGGCCUCACACAGCUCAUGAUCGCGCCACUGUUCCAGGAUGCCAUUACUCAUUUCCACGACAACUGCCUCCCCGCCUUUGGUGCUCUCAAUACCGUGCUCUCCAACACUACCCAAAAACUCAACGCGUUCAAAGUUGGGCAGCACUCUUCCGUCGACUUUUACACAUGGCUUGAGACGCACCCCGUCCAACAAGGUGCUUUUCAUCGGUUUAUGGAGGCGCAAUUCGCCAGCCUGCCGACCUGGCUCGACGCCGUCGACUUUGGAUCCGAAAUGAGCGCUGGUCUCUUUUCGCCCGAGCAAGUGGCUUUUGUGGAUGUCGGCGGCGGCAACGGCCAGCAGAUUGCUGCACUCAAAGCGAAAAUCCCAGACCUUCAGGGCAGACUAGUCCUGCAGGAUCGGCCAGUUGUGCUAGAGAAGGCGCUCGAGGUGGAGGGCAUGGAGAAAAUGAGCUAUGAUUACCUGACGGAGCAGCCGGUCAAAAACGCCAGCGUGUACUACUUUCGCCAAAUUAUGCACAACAACGACGACGCCACCUGCAUCCGCAUCCUCCAAUCGCAGCUUCCCGCAAUGGGCGCCGCCAGCGUCAUCAUAAUUGACGACAAGUGCCUGUCUGACGAAAAGCCGCCGCAGGAUAGCCCUGGGAUCGAGUACACUGCCGGGCUGAGCAUCGCCAUGGAAGCCAUGUUCAACGCGCAGGAGCGGCGCGAGGCGCACUGGCGGGCGUUGCUACCCCGGGCAGGGCUGGCCAUCAAGGAGAUUCGUAAGUUUACCAAGUUCGAAGAUUCCGUUAUUAUUGCAAUCAAGCAAUAG